UUCAGUGAGAAAACAGUUUCUUUUAGUCGGUGCAAAAUUGAGGCUUUUGGAAAAUGUCCAAUCAAGAGAGCGAAGGAUAUGGCUUCAAGGAUAAGCAGAAGGCGCUGGAUACGCUGAAGUUGCUGGAGAACCAGGACAGUCAGUACAGGAUGCUGACGAUCCGGGGAUUGUUGGGGCGAGCGAAGAGGGUUCUAACGCUGACAAAAGCUGAGGAAAAACGGAAUAACAUUAAAGAUGCCAUUGCGGUGUUCGAGAAGUGGUUGGAGGACAACAAGAGUACAUCGGCCAAGAGCAAAACAAAAGCUUCGACAGACAGUGAGGAUAAAAUUGAGAAGGUUCCAGGAUUGGGCUUCAAGGACAAGGAGGCGGCCGAAAAGACUCUCAAAAUCCUUGAUAAGCGCGAUGCAGACUAUCAGAAGCUCGUUCUUAAGAGUCUCAUAACGAGCUCAAAAAGCGUAAUAUCUCGCACGAAGGAUAAGCAGAAGAUAUCCGACAUAAAGGAAGCUGUGGAGCUGCUGACUGAGUAUCUGGACAAUCUGGACACGUCUGAGCAGCCCAACAUGAAGUAUCUGUCUGCUGAGGUCAUCCAGAACUUUCCCAAGCCCACGGAGACUGUGGCCAGUGAAUUCUUAAGUGCUUACACAGGUACCGCUGGCGGAAACUACAAGAAGCUGAGGACGAUGUUUCCAGACGACAAUGAUUCAGAGUCCUGGGAUAUUGUGAGGAAUAGGAAUCUGCAGAAGCUCCAAAAGAGCAUUCAAGAGAAGAAAUUGCCGCUGUUCAACAAUGACGGGUCGCCCACAAAAGAGCACUUGGCACUCAUUUCCUGGGCUUAUUCGCCCAAACUGGAGAAACUGAAGCAAUUCAUCGAUAGCUCACAAAACAGCGAUUCUGCGUCCGAUGAACCGAGCAGGAAGAAACAAAAAGUGUGAUGAACUACCAAGAACAUUCACUAUAAAGGAUAUAAUACGAAAUAAUCGAAAUAAUAAAGAAAUACAU